AUUCCCUCCAAUUAUCCUCCUUCUUCGAUCAUCCGUUCCAGAAAAAAAAAACGUAAAAAAGGUGGGAUUUUCGUGAAGAGCUGGAGCAAUUGGACGCUCUAGCAGAAAGUAGACAACUGUUUUGGAAUUUAAGCCUGAUUUGUUCCAUCCUCAUCGGUGGAUGAUUGUGGACGAUACUGGUGUUUGCGGUUUGUUUGCGGUUCGUCUGUGUCACCGAUGUGGCCGUUGUAUGUUCUGUUCAGCAAGAUACUCAAUGUAGAAGCUGCAGCAGAAGAAGAAGAAGAAGAUGAUGAUGAUGUCAUUGAUGGUAUAGUCGGGAAAUGGCAUGACCAAGACUUAUCCAUGUCACACUUCGUUGAAGUGCCGCAUGUAAACCAGCUCCAGUCUUGGGAUUGUGGUCUUGCAUGUGUUGUAAUGGUUCUGAAUACCGUUGGUGUCAGCGAUUGUAGCAUCGAGGCUUUGGCAGACAUUUCCAGCACCACUAGUAUUUGGACAGUUGAUUUGGCUUAUCUGCUAAAGAGGUUUUCAGUUAGAUUUUCAUACUUCACUGUGACGAUUGGAGCAAAUCCAAGCUACUCUGUUGAGACAUACUAUAAGGAACAACUGCCAACCGAUGUACUUAGAGUAGAUAUGUUAUUUGAAAAAGCUUCCGAAGAAGGGAUCAACAUACUGUGCAGGUCAAUUAAUGAAAAAGAAAUUUCCUGUUUAAUCUUAUCUGGGAAAUAUAUCGUCAUUGCGUUAGUUAAUCAAUACAAGUUGAGUCGCACGUGGCUAGAGGAUGCUAUCCUAUCAAGCUUGGAUGAUAGCAACCGGGAGUAUGUAGGACAUUAUAUAGUGAUAUGUGGCUACGAUGCUGAUAGUGAUGAAUUCGAAAUACGAGAUCCAGCAAGUUCCAGGAAGAAUGAGAAAAUUUCAUCCAAAUGCUUAGAAGAAGCACGCAAGUCGUUCGGAACGGAUGAAGAUCUUCUUGUGGUGAGCUCACUAUCCUUCUCAUCUCACCACCAAGAAGUCAAGUCAAUCUUUCCCUAGUUAGUUAAGUAAGCUUAGUAAGUUCUCACCUGGUCUGGAUUCCAUUUGUGAGCAGAUAUCUCUGGAGAGCAGCAACAAACAGAAGAAGAGUUGUUGGGGGAAACUUCCUCCACUAAUAAAUAUCAACAACACAUAAAUUCCAUUGACAAGUCAUUCUUUGCUGUCUGCUGAUCAGCAGCAGGCACGAUGAACAAUCAGGGUUGAUACCAAAGCACAUGGGGAUCUGUCUGUCCAUAUGAUACUCUUUUUCCCUUUUGGCCACUUUCCAAGCAGUUUUCUUUUGUUUCUUCCCCUUUUCUGUUCUGUGUGUGUCCAUAAUAAUUUAUACAGAUAGCGUCCAGAAAUGUAUUUGGGGAGUGAAGUAAAUGUACAAAAAAAGGAGAGACAAAAUAAAAGAGCAAAGGGCUCUGAUCUGAUGAUACAGUCGUGUCGCUGUUGUACUGUAUACCACAUAAUACAAAGCCAAAGCUAAAGCUGAUUCCGUGUGGAUUCUUGGAAUCAAAGUCGCC